GCGUCUAAAAUAGAAGCAAAAAACGGGACGUUGUUUACUAACAACGACAAAACAAUGGCACACUUACCCAAGUUCUUCGUCAUCUCUUCCUGAUUGACUCUAUUUAAAAACCCGAUCGGAAAAUUCGAAAUCCGUUCAAUUGUAAUCGGAAUCGUCGAAAAAUGGAUCAAACAGUAUCGGAAAAUCUCAUUCAGGUGAAGAAAGAAUCAGGCGGGAUCGCCGUCAUCACAAUCAACCGUCCGAAAUCUCUCAAUUCACUCACGAGAGCGAUGAUGGUUGAUCUCGCCAAGGCAUUCAAGGAUAUGGACUCCGACGAAUCGGUCCAGGUCGUGAUUUUCACCGGAUCAGGUCGAUCUUUCUGCUCUGGCGUUGAUUUGACUGCGGCGGAGUCUGUUUUCAAAGGAGACGUGAAGGAUCCGGAAACCGACCCGGUUGUGCAGAUGGAGCGGUUACGUAAACCGAUCAUCGGAGCUAUUAACGGUUUUGCCAUCACCGCCGGGUUUGAACUCGCCUUGGCCUGUGAUAUUUUGGUCGCUUCUAGAGGAGCUAAGUUCAUGGAUACUCACGCCAGGUUUGGGAUAUUUCCUUCAUGGGGUUUGUCUCAGAAGCUGUCGAGGAUCAUCGGAGCAAACAAAGCUCGAGAAGUUUCUUUAACAUCGAUGCCACUGACAGCAGACGUGGCUGGGAAGUUAGGGUUUGUAAACCAUGUGGUUGAAGAAGGAGAAGCGUUAAAGAAAGCUAGAGAAAUCGCAGAGGCUAUAAUCAAGAAUGAACAAGGCAUGGUUCUGAGGAUUAAAUCCGUUAUCAAUGAUGGACUUAAGCUUGAUCUUGGGCAUGCUCUCACACUAGAAAAGGAGCGAGCUCACGCGUAUUACAGUGGGAUGACGAAGGAACAGUUUAGAAAGAUGCAGGAGUUUAUAGCCGGACGUGGAUCCAAGAAACCUUCUUCUAAGUUGUAGACAGUUUCUCUAUGGAUCUUAAAAUAAUACUUACUACUUUGUACCAUUUCUUAAUUUACAUUUUGAUUAGUGUCUUACAAUAAGAAUAUCUUUGUUUGUUUCAAAUCAAGUAUGUAGUCUAAGAUACGUAUCUCUCAGCUUUAGACAUAUGUUGGUAAAAUUUAUGGAAUUGAUAACUGUAUCAGGAUUAUAAGUCCAAAGCUUUAGAAACAAACAAUAUUAAGUGAAUAAAAUGCAUGCUUGUUCUAGCCUGCACAAGCAUUGUCCAUCUCUCUGUCUCAGACCACGACGUGCAGUAUUAGGAUAUCUCCUCCUCUGACAUUGUAAUGAGCAAGUGACCUAUUACUGUAUAAGCAGCACGACCC